AUGUACUGGACGGACGGCCGCCUCCGACCGCCAUUGGAGUCCUUCACCAACUCUUCUGUUUGGGUUAACAUCGACCCCGCUCUGACGUCCCGGAUGUGGCUGCCGACGACUUAUAUAGGUAAUAGACAAAAUAUUUUUAUGAUGAAUCUUCAAAGCUUUGCAAUUUCCACAAUGGCUUUCUCUCCAUCACCCGUGAUCACUAAGCUGGCGUGUCCAAUGGAUUUCAGUGCCUACCCCUUCGAUCAGCAAAAGUGCUACAUGAAGCUUGAGAGCUACCAGUACCGAGCCUUCGAGGUGACCUACAGCUGGCAUGACAACGGCAUCCAGACAAGCAGUGACAUCAGAACCGACCAUUUCAUCCCUGCCUUUGAAAUCAUUAAAGGGAGCAUCGUGCAUGACAACGCCUCCUUCUCCUCAGUACGAGUCGACAUCAUCCUCUCCCGCAAGGCCACUUACCACCUCAUGAACACGUACAUACCCUCGAGUCUGUUCGUGUUCGUGUCUUGGCUCACCUUCCUGAUUCCUCCUGAGCACCUGCCGGGCGGGACGGUCCUCACCAUCACCACGCUGCUCACCAUCGUCUCCAUGUUCAAUACUGUGCGGCAAGAGAGUCCGAAGGUCUCCUACGCCAAAGCUAUCGACCAGUGGAUGAUGUUCUGUAUUGUGCUCGUGUUCACUGUGCUGGUCGAGUACACGUACGUCGUCCACUUGCAUUUCAGGGCGGAGCAACUGAGGAUGGUUUCAGUGGAGCCGAAACGCAAUCCGAGACAAACAGGAGGCACCGGUUCCCAAGCAAAUUCUCCGCGACCCGAACUCUACACCAAGUGGAAAGUCAGAUUCGAAAGACUAUCUCCUCGGGUCCUCAUCGUUAUAUUCAUCAUUUUCAACAUUACAUGGUUCUUGGUAUUUUGCGUACAGCUGAUUGUCUAG